AUGCAUACUGCACAAGUUUCAGAAUGGGGCCAGCCGCCCAAGUAUGUCAAUGUGCCUGAUCUCGAACCACUGCCCGCAGGAUCUGGUCUGGUCAGAAUCAAGGUCCAAGCCGCGGGAUUGCAUUCUGUCGUGCGUGCGCGUGCGGCAGGCACACAUUUUUCCAGCAAAUCACUCCCACAUGUUCCCGGCACAGACGGCGUCGGCAUCACCGUAGAUGGUCGAUCAGUCUAUUUUACAACUUUUGCGACCGGUGGAUCGGUCAGUGAAGUUGUGGACGUGCCCGAAGCGGCAGUCACAUUGCUUCCAAGCGGCGUUGAUCCUCAGCAAGCGGCUGCUUUGGUGAAUCCUGGUCUUUCCUCGUGGAUGGCAAUGAAGGCGCGAACACAGAACCUACCCGACAACUUCUCUGUACUCAUCAUGGGCGCCACUUCGGCUUCUGGUGCCAUCGCCAUUUCUCUUGCCCGCUCUUUGGGUGCGGCCAAGGUGAUUGGAUGCGCCCGUAACGUCGAAGCUAUGUCGACCCUGGGUCUCGACGAAACAAUCCAGCUCCAGAGCACAGUCUCGGAGACUGACUUUUCGAAGGCAGCAGACGUGGAUCUUAUCCUUGACUACCUCUACGGUCCUCCCACAGAACACCUUUUCAAGUCCCUCAAGGUGUCCAAGCCUCUACAGUACGUCCACAUCGGAUCACUGGCUGGACCUGAGAUCAGCUUACCCGGAUCCAUCUUGAGAUCGACCGACCUGACCAUCAGGGGAUCUGGACCAGGAGCAUUUUCUUAUGAAAGACUGAAUGCUGAAGUGCCGCGUCUGUUGGAGGCUUUCAAGGGGAUCAAAUCCUCUGCUCUGAAGAUUGUCCCUUUGAGUGAGGUUGAGAAGACGUGGUCAGAGAAAGGAGAUCGCACGAUCUUUGUGCCUUAG